AGGCCAGACGGACGGAUGAGGAACCACCCUUAGUUUCGGGGCAGUCGCAGCAGCAGUCGCAGCAGCAGCAGCAGGACCAGGUACGGUAUGUGGGUAAAGAGAGGGAGAGAGAGGUUCAGCCGGACGCUCGGAUGGACGACCCUCAAAACACUCUUUUUCAGAUGUGUUUUUUCCAGUUAUGUCUCCAGCAAACAGGCAGUCGGCUGGUCGGUCUGUCGGUACGUUCGUCCAGUGCUUCUUAACAGAAGUCUAGUUUCUCAACUUCAGUAAUGACUUAUCAAUAGCCAGAGAAUGAUUGAAUCCGUGACAGUGAACAAUUCGACGGACGGACGG